AAUUAUUACUAGAAAAAAGAAAUGCAGGCUAAAGUGGACAUGGUUAUUCAAAUAAUCCUGUUAUUUUUAAUACAAUGGCUUAGUAUUGCAGUUAUUGUUUUAAAUGCUUUAGCUUUACACUCAGCCAAGGACUUAAAUCAAGGUUUAAUCAUGGCAGCAGAAACAGGUUUACAAGACUUUGUAUUGCUGGUGAUGGCCGCUGCUUCACUCUUUAUCGUCUCUCUUUUUCUAUGUGUAUAUCUACAAAUGUUCUUUCGCCAUCCGACAGGCCCUUCAAUGAAAACCUCUAAAACUAUCUUGGUGACAGAAGUUGUUUGUUCGAUUUUUAUUAUAGCCUUGUGGACAUCUGCCACAUCUGUCCUAUUAUCCAUGUUUCAUGAGUUAUCCACUUGUAAACAUCAAGGCUCAUCUUUAAUCAAUAAUGUGAGUAAGUUGAGUUCUCGAGCGUGCUCUCUGGCAAAUGCAAUGAUGAUUGUAGCGUUUGUAGCUGUAAGUAUAUGGUUUCUGGUACUUUUGGGAUGCUUGUAUUCAUUAGCUAGAGUUUGUGGCUUUUGUUUCAAGGCGCCCGAGUCAAUUUCAAUUCAUCCUACUGGAGACAAGUGGCUUGAAUCAGAGCCGAUACCAACCGAGGCAAUGUACACUGAAGAUAUGCAGGCAGUGGGUAAAGUAACGAAAUCAGUGAGAAAUGAUCAGAGAACGUUUUCAUCAAAGUAUGAAAUUCCUACAACAAGUAGUAGUACUAUUCAAAAAAGCAGCAGUAGUAGCAAUGACAUGAUUGUUGUUGAGUAUCCGGAUGUUUUACAAACCAAACUCAAGGAUUUUAAUUUCGAUUUCACACCCAUGGACUUUCCAUGAGUGUCUCCCCCUUCACAAGCCCAAU